AUGUUUGAUAUAUCAAAUUCAUAUGUUGCAAAAGGUGAUAUUGAGAAAGAUGAAAACAUUAACAAGUAUAGUUUACUCUAUGGUAAUAAUCCGAUUCUUCUUGCUAUAUCUAAAGGGUGGAAUCAUAUUAACGAAGAUGACUAUAGUAGGAUUUGUGAUAAUCUUCAGGAACACAUCAAUCAAAGUGAAUUGAUAUUACCUAAAUACGAGGAAAAUUUGGAACGAAAGCUAUGUAUAAGAAAUAGUAUAGAUGCAGAUAAAAAAAUGUUAAACAAAUGUUCAGGGCUUUUGAAACAAAGGGAUAUUAUAAGUAAAUUACUAGAAAGAGAAGACCUUGAUAUAAAUUGUAUUCAUCUUUCUAAUGGUAUGACACCGUUACACAUAGCAUGCCUUAGAGGUGAUUCUCCAGAAUUAAUUCAAAGAUUAUUAGACAAAGGAGCAAAUCCUGAUGCUGUCAAUUACAAGGGCGAGAAAUCUAUUGAUAUGAUUGGCUAUAGUUAUGAGGACACUCAGAAAAUUAUAGAGAGCAUAACUGGGGGAUAUAAAUUUGGAUCUGAGGAAAAGUAUGAUGAAAAUAAAUCUGUAGUUGCAACAUUACCAACUCGAAAGGAAAGGGAGGAUAAUAUUAAAGUAAUAAGAGAAAUAUUACAUGCUGCCAAAAGCCGCUCAAAUACUUCUACUGUUGAUGAUCAAAUACCUAAGUAUAACAAUGCAAAAAAAGCAAUAACUACUUCAACAUUGGUAGCUAUUACAGUAAUGUUUCCAUUAUCUAUAUAUCUUAUUGUUCAAGGAAGUUUUGUAGCAGCAGGAAUAGUAGUAGGUUGUAUUAUUGUUGCAGCAGCUGUUCUGUACCAUAGCAAUAACAGUAAAGCUGAUAAUAAAUUGCCAAGAGGAUUACUUAAUGAUUUUAAAUCUGGUCCUGAGAGCUUUAAAGAAAGGAGUUCAAUACUUUAA